AUGAUCAUCAUGCCUUAUCUAGUGACCUGCAGCACGACCCAGUACAGUAAAAACUUACCACUAUCAGUAACCCAACAGAGGCAGGGAUGCUUAACAAUAUUUGAAUUACAGGUCUUGAGAUUUCAACAGAAGGUAUGGCGAGAGAAGAGAACAUAUUAUCAUAUUUCGAAUCUAUUCAAAGAAAAUACUAAUCCACAGUGGAAGUAUCACUACGCCAUACCACUGAAGAACAAUGUUGCCAACCUCUCCUACAACAUCUUGCGUUUCGGAGAUUCAUUUCUCUGUGGAAGCAUCUGCAGACCAACAAAGAACAGCAAACAUGGUACACACAAAUCUUCCAAGAAUACGCAUCUACCAACAUUCCUAUGGUUCAAAGAUCCGAAGAAGGCACCGACGCGUGAAAAUAUUGCUGCGUAUCGCUUCACAAGCCUAUCGUUCGCUACUGAGCGGAAAAGCACGCCUAACACCGAAAAAGACAGUGCAAACUAUACCAAGAUUAGACUUGCUCGGAAUUCUAAUCAGCAUAAGGUUAGCAAAAACACUACGGAGCAAAUCGGGAGUGUUUAUUUCCACUCGCAAACUGCCUCCGUUUGUGACCAAUUAAGAAAGGCACAUACUUGA